AUGCAUUAUAAUUUCAAAACUACUACCAAUGUCGAAUGUUUGCAGCUGCAAAAGCAUGUCAUGUUUGAAAAUGAAGAAAAAAAGGAAGGACAACGCGAGUGGCUCAUCAUAGAUUAUGGCUACACUGAAACGCAUGCAGUAGCACCACUGGUCGACGUUCUUUGUGGGGUACCACUCACCAAUUCUCUCAUACCAUCUUCAGUGAUACCAUCCACCGAUGUCUGCAGUUUCGUCCGUAAUGACUCCACUGGCCUUAUUCUCAAUUCCUCUACAUCUCACCAGAAUUCGGCUACGCUGCUACGAGACCUUGAAGCCUUCCAACAAAUGAAAGUAACUGUGCACUCGUUGCUCAAUGAGCAGCCAAUCGUUACUGAGGCAAUAAGGACGCUUGUCGGCUCUCUGAGGGAUGUUCUGAGUAGGAAAAACCUGUCCAGAAGGCGCAAAUUGAAACAAGCUGCGGAUAUAAUUUACAUUCUUAAACGCACUCUCAUACACCAUGAAUUAAAAUGGAGUAGAGGCGAAAUCAUAGCAGCGAACGCAGGAGCAGGUCAGUAUCCAUUCCGAUACCACAGCGAAAUGGCUUUGAGUUUAGUGCCACCAGCACAUCCUUUCUAG